AUGUGUGAUAUGAGUUCUUCAGAAGACAAUACUUUGCCUGACGAUGCUUGGAAGGAUUCUUUCGAUAAACUAUUGGAAGAAAAACCAAUUUUGAGAGAAAUGAAAUUGUUAAAAAGAGAUGUGCGUGCAUCAUUCAACAUGAAUUCUAGUUAUGAAAAUAGCUGCUUUGGCAUGACUACCAACAUAUCAGAAAGGAAACUGGUGUACUCCGAAGAAGAAACAAUCAGCAAUCCCAAAAAUGCUAAUAGAGAACGUGAGUCCACGAGGAAAAUUUCCCUAACAGUUGCUGCGCACCGUAAGUCCAUCUCGAAUAGAAAACAUUCUAGUUUAGGGACAAUAACUAAAACCAAUUUCAAACGUCAAUUACUAAGUAGAUGCAACCAAAGAAACGUAUUGCUCUUUGCAAACGCAUAUAAUGAAAAGUACCUAGAAAAUUGCGAAAAAAUUGGCGAGGGGGCAUUUGGAGAAGUAUUUUUAUAUAGAAAUUCUGAAGGAAAAGAAAGAGAUAAUGUUGUUUUAAAAAUAAUACCUAUUGAAGGCAAACAAUUGGUAAAUGGAGAGGCUCAGAAAUCGUUUGAACAAAUAAUGCAGGAAGUUGUUAUUUCAAUGGAGUUAUGUGGUCUAAGAAAUGAAAACAGAGGAAUGAGUUUUGCAAACGGUUUUGUAAACAUCGUAGCGGUUAGGUGUGUUAAAGGACAAUACCCAGCUCAUCUUCAAAAGUUAUGGGAGGAAUAUGACCUCGAAAAAGAAUCAGAAAAUGACCAUCCCGAGUGUUUUUCCUCUGAUCAAAUAUAUGUUAUUUUGGAAAUGGCAUUUAGUGGAAAAGAUAUGGAAAAAUUUAUUUUUCAAAAUGCUGAGCAAGCCUUUUAUGCACUCAAACAGAUCAUAUUUGCACUGGCUGUUGGGGAGGAUGUAUAUGAAUUUGAACAUCGUGACUUACAUUGGGGUAACGUUCUAAUUGCCAAAACAGAUCAGAAAUAUUUUAGUUAUAAAAUUAAAGGCCAAUCCGUUAAUUUGGCUUCCAAAGGUGUGCAGGUCACCAUUAUUGACUACACGCUGUCACGCAUAACUUACGGAGAUUGCUGUUAUUUCAAUGAUCUCUCCCUUGACAAAGAUCUAUUCACUGCGACUGGUGACUAUCAAUUUGAUAUAUAUCGCAUGAUGCGUGAUAUUUUAAAUGACAAGUGGGACACAUUUGAACCAAAAACCAACAUAUAUUGGAUAUCAUAUAUUAUAUCAAAGUUAUUGAAUGAUGUCACAUACAAAAGUAAUCGCUCCAAACUACAUUUACAAUAUAUAGAAAAGCUUCGUGAUUUAGAGUCCACAAUUUUAUCAUAUAAAAGUUGUAUGGAUUGUGCCAUGAGUUUACUACUCGACUCUUAA